AGGCCAGGAUAAAAGGGCUCUGGGCCUGAGCACUCCAUCCACUCACCUCCCAAGGUGCUGAAGGACCCUGUGCUGCCUGUGACCCCGCUCCUGAAUCUGCCACCAAGAUGUCCUGCCAGCAGAGCCAGCAGCAGUGCCAGCCCCCUCCCAAGUGCACCCCCAAGUGCCCUCCCAAGUGCCCCACCCCAAAGUGCCCCCCAAAGUGUCCCCCUAAGUGCCCUCCUGUCUCUUCCUGCUGCAGUGUCAGCUCCGGAGGCUGCUGUGGCUCCAGCUCUGGGGGCAGCUGUGGCUCCAGCUCUGGGGGCAGCUGUGGCUCCAGCUCUGGGGGAUGCUGCAGUUCUGGGGGUGGUGGCUGCUGUCUGAGCCACCACAGACGUCGCAGGUCCCACUGCCACAGACCCCAGAGCUCUGGCUGCUGCAGCCAGCCCUCGGGGGGCUCCAGCUGCUGUGGGCGGGGGAGUGGCCAGCACUCUGGAGGCUGCUGCUGAAGUGGACCCUGAGCCUAGAAGAGCAGAAUCCAGGACAGCAAACUGCCAAGGACAUCCCCCUUCUCCUACUAGGCCUGCCUGAGAGGCUCACAGGUCCAAGGGAAAGCUCGGAACUUGCCAAGAGCAUAUCUUCUCCCUGGAGUCGAGAAACUCAGAUCCUCUCCUGGAUCUCCAUUCACUGGCCUUGGACCUCACCUUUGUGGCUACCCUCCCAUGCUCUGUCUAAGCCCCUAGCUUACUCCAUGUCAUUUGCAGCGUGCAUCUGCUGAUUAAAGGACUAAAACAAGGAA